AUGGUGUUCGGAAUCCUCGAGCCCGCAAUCAUCUCUGGUGAAAGAGUUCCCGGCACCGCGCUCCUCGCAGAGCUGGAGGACCCCAGUCUCGGCCUUGUCAACGCCCGAGUAGCGAGUAGGCUCAAGCAUGGCAAGGGAAAGAAUUCGCAUAUCGUGCUGGUUCCGCAGCCGAGUGAUGAUCCGAACGAUCCACUGAACUGGUCACUACUUGUGCGAGAUGGGAUUUCCCUCAUGUUCGCAUUCACCAUCAUGACCUUCGCUGGCGCCAUCGGGCCGCUUCUCUCUCCCUUCGCCUUCCAACUGACCCUAGAAUACAACGUCUCCUUCACCAAGGUCUCCCUCCUGACCGGCUGGCAACUCCUCACCGUCGCCAUCUCCGGUCUCUUCGUGUCCCCGGCCACCCGUAUCUACGGCAAACGCCCCGUCCUCCUCCUCUGCAGCAUUAUCGGCUUCGCGGGCUCUGUAUGGCUGCCCUUCGCCACCUCGUACAACAGUCUCCUCGGCGGAAGAAUCCUCCAGGGCGUGGGCGUCAGCGCAUACGAGUCCAUCAGUUUUGCGUUUGUGGCUGAUCUGUAUUGUGUGCAUCAACGCGGCGCCAGGAUUGCGUUCAUGCUUGCGCCGCUGGGGGCGAUCAAUAUUCUUUGUCCACUGAUUGCAGGCGUCGUGGCGGAGAGACUGGGAAUCGAGUGGGUUUACAAGAUUAUGGCCAUCAUGACUGGGAUUGCACUGGGCGUCGUGAUCUUCUGCAUGCCAGAGACCACCUUCCGCCGCGACCGCUCGCCGAUUCUCGCGCUGCUGCAAGAAGACUCAGCCAGCGAGAAGCUCGCCGCCGCGGUCGAGAAGGAGCACGCCUCGACGGAACCCACGAUCCCCAAGAAGCGCUCGUACGCCUCGCAGCUGCAUCCGUUCACCGGCCGCGUCUCCUCCGAGACCUGGUUUCAGGCCACCACCGGCCCGCUGCGCGUCAUGAAGAACCCCGCCGUGUACUGGAGCAUGUUCACGCAAGGCGCGGUCUCCGCCUGGACCGUCGCCGUCUCCAUGAUCCUGUCGCAAGUGUUCGGCGUGGCGCCCUACAAUAUGUCGCCCGCGGGCAUCGGCUACCUCAAUGUUGGCGGCAUCGUUGGCGGCGUCGUCGCAGAGAUCGUCACCAUAGGCCUCAACGACAAAAUCGUCAAGGCACUCGCCAAGGCCAACGGCGGCAUCUUCGAGCCCGAGUUCCGCCUUUGGUCGAUCGUCCCGAUGCUCGUCACCGGUGUCGUCGGGUUUUUCGGGUUUGGACAGGCGGCCGCGGCCGGACACAGCCCCGUCGUCGUGUCGAUGUUCUACGGCUUCAUCACCGCCAGCCUAGUGUUCUCGCACGUUGCGAGCGGCAGCUACAUGACCGAUGCCUUUCCCGAGUGCACGGUCGAGGUGUUCAUCGACGUGAUGAUAUUCAAGAAUAUCUUGUUCUUUGUGUUCUCGCUGGUGAUCAAUGAGUGGAUCAUCAAGGAGGGGCCGGCGCAGGUGUUUAAUACUAUUGGCGGGAUCCAGAUCGUGGUUUGUGCGCUGUCUGUUCCACUCUGGGUCCUGGGAAAG